UAGGCGAGCAAAGACAGCGAGGUAGUACGGAUUAGUACGUUCGCGCAGUUAGUGCUCGGCGUGUAGAGGCUAAAGACGUCCGUAUAAAUCUCUUGUCUUCCCUUUGCUCUCGAAGCCGCGCCGCAUUCUACGAGUCAGGCGGGACGAGGCAAGGCUCACGUUUUAACGUUUUUUCACGACUUUCCGGUGCUUUAAGUAUCUCCCCGCGGUGCGAUCGCCACGUCCCUCCUCGUGUCUGCGGGAAAGCCGAGAGAGAAACUUUUGCCGAUUGAAUAGAAUCGCUGAAGUGUCGAGAUACCGUGGUGGCUGAAAAAUGGAGAUUUGCAACCGGGAGGACCGACUGUACGAUGUGCCGCGCGGAAAAGCGUCGCGUCUCGUUGAGAACGGGGAGAAACUCCGGCGGGAGAAAGUUUCCACCCUGCGGGAACUUAUAGAUGCACUGCACGAGGCCUUCGAGACGGAUCACGUGAAUAUCGAUCACGUUCAGGACUUGAUGAUGAGUUACAAGAGCAAUCCUGCGGAGUGGAAGAAAUUUGCCAAGUUUGACAGAUACAGAUAUACGAGAAACUUGGUUGACGAAGGGAACGGCAGGUUCAAUCUCAUGGUGUUGUGUUGGGGGGAAGGUCACGGGUCAGCCAUACACGAUCAUGCCAACGCGCACUGCGUGAUGAAAAUUCUUCAGGGGAAACUUUGCGAGACGAGGUACGCGUGGCCGGCGGGAUCCAAGACGGAAAAUGGUGUGGAGGAGCUCAAGGAACUCGAGAGAAAUACUCUCGAUAUGAACGAGAUCUGUUACAUUAAUGAUUCAAUGGGUUUGCACCGUGUCGAAAAUCCAAGCGCAAUUAACCCCGCGGUCUCCCUGCAUCUGUACUCACCGCCGUUCUCGUCGUGCUCGGUCUUCAACAAGCAGACCGGGCAAAAAUCUACGUGUACGGUCACAUUCUGGUCCAAGUACGGGGAAAGAAGGAACCGGCAAAUUCAAGACGCCAGAUCUCCCGAGGAUAAUUAAUCCGAACAAGGCAAUAAUACCAAUAAUAACAAUAAGUGUCGCAAAUUAAGUGUCAACGAUGUUUUAAUCGAGUGGAAAACAAUUUGCAUCAUCUCAGAUUGGACCUUGGUUGCUCAAAUUAAGCUUUGUAAAUUUUAUAAAUUAAGACAAACAGUCUUUAACAAUUGUGCUAUUAUUAUUGUCGAAUUUUCGUCGUGUAAUGUUUUUAUUUUAUAAGUACUUAAAUCUAUAUGUAUAAGGACCUGUAGAUAUUUUUACGUAAGAACACUGUAUGUGUGCAUUUUGCGUCAUAUAUUUCUUUUUAUUGUAAAAAUAAAUUAAAUUACUAAUCGAAAAUAAAGAAUACGAAAAAUAAA